UGCUCAUAAAAGGGCAUGGGCGGAGUCCGAGCGCGACUGUCGUGCAGCGAUUGGACACCGCGGCUGACCAGAUGCGCGCUGAUUGGCCGCCAGCGCUUGGUCCGAUUUUGUCUCAUUUUGUUAAUCAGGCCGCGCUCAUGGGACGCCGAAGAGAAACCGGAUCAUCGUAUCCUCGUUAAACGGCGUAUUUUUGUCGGCGUGUGUCGAUCUGUGUUAGGAAGAAUGCUGGAAAACAAGAGGGAGAGACUGAAAACGUUUCUGAGAAAGAUCGACGAGAGCGCCAUAUCGCGAAUCAAGCAUUUAAUGAAGGAGAGCUAUGCGGUGGACGCCGGGACGAUUCCUGCCAAGGCAAAGAAGGGCAGGACGAAAACCAAGCUGGGGAGCAGGAAAGCGUUCAGUUUGGAGGAGAAUCAGCUGGAGGUUCAGCAGCAAACCAAGAGCCUGAGCCGGCAGGUCCUGCCCAGGUCUCACACUCUUGAUGUCGAUAGACCUUUGGAGAGAAACGACAGCCUCAACUCAAGAAGCAGUUUUAUGAAGCACAACAAAACAUUCCACAAACUCUUCCCGGAACUCCCCGAGACUGAAGACCUGCUGCACGCUUACGUCUGUGCGCUGCAGAAGGAAGUGCCUUACCACGGCCGUCUGUACAUCACCGACAGCAGCCUGUGCUUCUUCUCCUCCGUGCUGCUCAAAGACACCAAGGUGAUCGUUCCCGUCGCCAGUGUGAACGUCCUGAAGAAACAGAACACAGCGCUACUUGUGCCAAACGCCAUCUCUGUCCGGACCACAAACAGAGAGAAGUAUUUAUUCGUGUCUCUGCGGAACAGAGAAGGCUGCUAUAAGCUGCUGCGAUCCGUCUGUCCUCAGCUGGAGGACGGAAGUGCCAACAGCAGCCCUCUCUUCUCGUCGGCCGAGAACAGCUUCGAUCAGGCCAAGCUGGUGAAUUCCAGCCAGUCCAGUCUGGACGACCCGUACGAGGUUUCUCCUCCGAUCGAUCUGUCUGCGUCUCGACUCACUCGAGAAAACACUGCGAUUAAAAGCCCAUCUGUGACUCGCAGCUCACCACAGACGCCAGACGAGAGCUCGAGCGAGGAAUACACCGGAAGUUCUUGGGUUUGGAACGUGACGGAUCGAGCGCGAUCUCUCCUCAUCCAAAGAGAAAUCAGCAACCUCAACACUCUGCUGCUCAUCUACUUGAUCCUGGUGUUUCUGCUCUUGUUGUCGUCUGGCUAUAUCGGCCUGCGUAUCGUGGCCUUAGAAGAGCAGCUGACGUCUCUCGGAGCACUUCCUGAGUUCACCUUACAAAGCGGGUACAAAGAAACGUAAGAGAUCUCAUCCAUCUGAACUUUGAAAAGAACCACCAAAAACCAUUUUUAAAGAUCCACUAGCCGCUGCAGGGAAUGCUGGGAAGGACCUUUAUUUGCACAUGCACCAGCUUCCGAACUCUAUGCGUCUUUGCCAAGGAAACCACCAAAGGGCACGUGUUUACGGGGACACUGGUAUUGACGAAACGCGGGCAUGUCUUUGCUCGCAGAUGUUCGGUUUGUGUUGACGCUGCAGUGACUCACCCAAAAACAACCAAAGACAACAGGUUUGUCUCGGAGGACUGUCAAAGACAACAAAAACAAACAACUACUGUGGAAAAGCAUUUCAUUGGUUAUUACUCAUUGCAGCGCCUUCGUUUGACCACAUUUACGACCAUCAAAAAAUGUCUCGAAGAACUCCUUUUUAUUUUGUUCCUGUUCCUUAUUUUUGAUGACCAUGUCUUUUUCAUCAGUCUUUCGGUUUCUUUCUUCCUCAAGUUUUUUCGUACAAGGGUUGCGAUAUUACUGGUUUUGGUUUAACGAUAAAAAGAGCUAGCUAUCCAACUCGUUGCAGCGCCUUUUUCUGACCAUCAAAAAAUGUCACUAAUAACUUUCAUCCAUUUUUCGUUGAACUUUCAUCCCAAGUUCCUUAUUUUUGAUGGCUAGCUUCAUCUUGGUCUUCUUUCGGUUUCAUUCUUCCUCAAUAUUUUUCGUAUAAGGGGUUGUGAUAUUCCUGGUUUCAUUUUAACGAUAAAAAAGAGCUAAGCUAGCUAGCCAACCCUUACUCAUUGCAUCGUCUUCGUUUGACUACUUUUAUGACCAUCAAAAAAAAAAAAAUGUUAUUAAUAACGAUGUUGUAUAAAGGGUUGCGAUUAUUAUUGGUUUUGGUUUAAUGAUAAAAAAGAGCUAAGCUAGCUAGCCAGCCCUUAGUAUUAUUGUAUGUAUAGUCUAUGCACAAGAAAUGUUCAGAUCAGGUAUUUAACAAGUUUUUGUAACAUUUCUUUUGUCUUUUUAUACUUUAAGGAGAUGAAGUAGUCCAACAUGUUGGUCUUUUCGUAAUCCGAAUGGGGAAAAAAAAAAGAAAAAAAAAAAAAAAAAAAAAAGAGGAUUGUAUUGUGCAAGGAAGAGAUGGAUGUAGUAUUGUUAAACGUCCGAUUUGCGGCUAAAGCCAAGCAUGCAUGUUUGCUCAAACCCAAACGGAGCAUUUCCAUUCAGGA